AUGGGUAAAAAACGCAAGAGGCCCGUCAAGGAGCCCGUCAAGGAUGACCCAAUAUGCCGGGCGAAAUCAUCACCACAACAACCCGCCGGCAAUACAGCACGGUCUCUAAGCACCAACCGCAACCAAGCCGCCGAUGCAGGCAAGAUCUGCCAUCCGGUAAUCUCCCUGUACUACCGUCAUGUGGUGACAUUGCGGCAGUAUAUCCUGCAGCGUAUACCUCGAUCCUCCAGAGCGCGUCGCCGAAGAAUUGCUGCAGUGGGAGGCCACAGUGCAGCCAGAGAUGGUCUAGCCGCUGUUCCUAAGAACGAGAAAGAUCUAGCUGAUUUACUAGAUACGACGCUAGUCGGGAUAUUGAAAGAGCUACCGCCAACUCGUAGUGAAGAGAGACGACGGGACUUCAUCGCAUUCACGCAAGCACAGCAAACGACUCAGACUGGCACUGAUUCUGGGCCCAUUGUGGAUUUUGCGAUCUCGUCCAUCUUCAACCGCCCUUCUCAUGGGAAACUGGAAAAUGUCCUCAGCCAUGGAUAUCGGCAGGGGGGCGGAAGACUGCCAUGCAGUAUCCCCAACGUCGCGGCACAAUUUCCCAAUAAAAAUGUUCAAAUGCUCAAACAAUCACCGUGGACGGAAGUUCUCGCCCUGCUAGGGAGUAAUGGCGAUGAAAUCAUGCUGAAGCUCCUGCUGGACUGCGGACUUUUUAUGGCUGUGGACGCGAGAAAGGGCGUUUACUGUCAGAUAAGUGGACAAGCAAUAUCGAGCCUUAAGCCUAUCGAUACUUCACCCGAAGAUUGUCCUGCUGCAUUUAAUGGCAGCAGCUCACCUGUCAAGCGCCAUGCUGUGCCGUGGCAGGGUGCAGCCCCUCGUGCACAUACGAAAGGUCCGAAAGAAAACCAGCAACAAUUGAGUCCUAACGCGAUCAUCUUCUGCCGUCAACGUAUGCUAUAUGCCCGUCCGCAUCUAAACGCGAAUGGUGGAAUCACCUUCGGGCUGCCAAAUCAUGUUCUCAGCCGGUUUCACUCGGCCAAGUCUUUGCAACAGACCGUACAUGUGAUGAAGUACGUCUUUCCUCGGCAGUUUGGCCUGCACAAUGUUUUCACAUCCCACUCAAGCUACUAUGAGAACCCUUUGUCCAAGAACUACUCCUCGCGGGAGGAGGAAAUUGCUAGGAAGGAAGGGCUCGAAGCCGCUCGAAAUCAACUAAGAAAAUCAGGCUUCCAUGCGGCUAUUGGAGAGCGACAGGAGUCAAUCAAGAUACCGAAAAGGCUUCGGGGAAAGCCUCUGGAACUAAUACGUCAGCUGCAAAACAGAAGCAGACGUUGUUGUUAUAAGAAGCUUUUACAGUAUUAUUGCUCUGAAGAGCUUUCGGGUCCCUGGAUCUUGGGACAGCUCAGCGCUGAAUCCAACAGUGUACUUUCUACUUCGAGCUCAAGGCCACUGGUAACCCAGCCAUCUCUCGCACAUCAGGACAUGCAACGCGAGCUGCGCCCAACGUCAUAUGCCAAAGGCUUCAGCAAGGGAUCAGGUGCAACUAAGCCCAAGGAAAAUCUGACGGAUCACGCCACUCCCGCAGCGUCUGUUUCAGCUUUUUGCCGAGCCGUCAUUCGAAAUUUGAUACCUUUAGAGUUCUUCGGGGUUGGUGAACAGGGCAUCACCCACCAGAAGAUGAUCCUCGGCCAUGUGGAUAGAUUUAUCCGCAUGCGUAGAUUUGAAAGUCUGAGUCUACAUGAGGUUUGCGAAGGGAUAAAGCCUGAGAGCUUACGUCAGGCUCCGUCAGAGAACAAUAUCUCAGCGUCUGACUUGCAAAAGCGCAGAGAGUUAUUCCAUGAAUUUUUGUACUACCUGUUUGACUCCAUACUUCUUCCACUUAUACGCGGAAGUUUCUAUGUGACCGAAUCACAAGUCCACCGGUAUCGCUUAUUCUAUUUUCGACAUGACGUUUGGCGCCGCCUUACUGCGCAGCCCUUGGCGCAUCUUAGGGCUUCCAUAUUUGAGGAGUUGGCACCAGAAACGGCGGAGAAACUACUGUCUGGUAAAAAAUCGAUAGGAUACGGCUCCCUACGGCUGCUGCCGAAGACGACGGGAAUUCGUCCAAUUCUUAACCUGAGACGGCGGACCUUGGUUAGAAGUAUAUACGCUGGGAAAAACCGGUAUCACCCAGCACAGAGCGUGAAUUCGGCCAUCGCGCCUGUCUACAGCAUGCUGAAUUAUGAGAGAGGGCGACGAAACGACCUGCUUGGUUCAAGCAUGUUCUCUGUUGGAGAUAUGCAUUCCAGGCUGAAGAAAUUCAAAGAGUCUCUGAUGAGCAGGGGCUGGGAUCAGCGAAAACGGCUCUAUUUCGUGAAGCUGGAUAUCCAGUCCUGUUUUGAUACUAUACCGCAGGCGAAGAUAGUGCGUCUGGUCGAGAAGCUGGUCUCAGAGGAAAACUACCAUUGGAUGAAAUAUGUGGAAAUGAGACUUGCAAGCGAAUUUGACAACAUGUGGCCGCUGCGAAAACCGCAGCAGCGCAGAACAUGGUCAAAGUACCUCCAAAGAGUUGGCCCAGUUGGCAGGCCAGAGAAUUUGGCGGAUGCUAUCGCCAAUGGAAGCGUAGUGGGACGAAGGAACACCGUCUUGGUCGACACAAUCGCGCAGAAGGAGUACAAUGGUGAAGGCCUGCUUGACAUUCUCAACGAGCACAUCCGGAACAAUCUCGUCAAGAUAGGCAAGAAGUAUUUCCGACAGCGCAAAGGUAUCCCACAGGGUUCUGUGCUGUCUAGUCUUUUGUGCAGUUUGCUGUACGCUGAAAUGGAGCGGGACGUGCUUGGUUUCUUACAAACGGACGACGCCCUGCUCCUUCGUUUGUUAGACGACUUCCUGCUGGUAACUUUGGAUUCUGGCCUCGCAAUGGAUUUCCUUCGAGUCAUGGUCCGAGGACAGCCAGAUUAUGGCAUUUCUGUCAACCCAGCGAAGAGCCUAGUGAAUUUCGCGGCGGUUGUAGACGGGGCGCAAAUCCCGCGACUUGUUGACACGCCACUCUUCCCUUAUUGCGGCAGUCUCAUCGACACGCGAACUCUGGAAAUCUUCAGAGACCAGGAUCGAAUGCUCGAGGGGGCGGAUUCUGCGAGUGUCGCUCUCAGCGAUUCCCUGUCGAUUGACUCCACGCGAACCCCCGGACGGUCCUUCUACCGGAAAGUUCUUGCAUCGAUAAAGCAAUCCAUGCACCCAAUGUACCUAGACUCGACGCACAACUCACUGCCCGCGGUACUACUGAACGUUUAUAAGUCCUUUGUCACGGCCGCGAUGAAGAUGUACCGAUACACUCGGUCACUGCCGGGCCGGGCGCGACCUCGACCCGAGGUUGUGGUCCGCACAAUCCACGAUGCAACGCAGUUGGGAUACCGACUGAUCCGUGGCCGGCAUGGUCUGUGCAGGGUCACGCAUCCUCAGCUGCAGUAUUUAGGGGGGGCGGCGUUUCAAUUUGUGUUGGGGCGGAAACAGACACAGUAUGCGGGCGUGCUGCGUUGGCUGGACGGGACGCUGGCGGAAGCACGGCAGAGCGUUGGCAACAGUGUUUUGCUGGCACAAGCGGUGCAGAAAGGGAAUCGGACGUAUAGAGAGUGGCGGUUUUGA